AUAAUAAUACCGAAAUACCCGGAUGUUUACUUACGCCAUCCAUUUAAUACAAGAGAGGCUUGCGCGUCAUCGAUACAUGAGCAUGUUUGGAUGUAGCGUCCAUUCAUUUUCAAGUUAAGCGAUGAUUUAAAAGCUAGUUUUAAUGAUGACGCUGAACACGGAUUAGCGUGUGUGUAUCGUAUAUUUGCACGUGUAUAACACAGCCAACCAUGAAGCUACUUCACAGGGAUAUUGAAAAAGACAACACCGGCCAGGUGACUCUGAUGCCAGAGGAAGCAGAGGACAUGUGGCACACCUAUAACCUGCUGCAAGAGGGUGACAGCUUGAGGGCCUCCACCAUAAGAAAAGUACAGACAGAAUCCAACACCGGAAGCGUGGGCAGCUCCAGAGUUCGGACUACGUUAACGUUGUGCGUGGAGACCAUCGACUUCGACACACAGGCCUGCCGGCUGAGAGUAAAGGGGACCAACAUCGAGGAGAACCAGUAUGUCAAGAUGGGGGCGUACCACACUAUCGAGCUGGAGCUCAACAGGAAGUUCACCCUGGCUAAAAAGAGCUGGGACAGCGUAGUCUUAGCCAGAAUUGAUGAAGCGUGCGAUGCCACGCAGAAGGCAGACGUGGCGGCGGUGGUGAUGCAGGAGGGUCUUGCCAACCUGGUGCUGGUGACGCCCGCCAUGACGCUGCUGCGUGCCAAGGUGGAGCUCACCAUUCCUCGCAAGAGAAGGGGCAGCUGCACCCAGCAUGAGAAGGCUCUGGAGAGAUUCUACGACGCAGUAAUGCAGGCUAUACUGCGCCACAUUAAUUUUGAUGUGGUCAAGUGCAUCCUGGUGGCCAGUCCUGGCUUUGUGAAGGACCAGUUCAUGACGUACCUUUUUAAAGAGGCCGUGCGACAAGACAACAAGCUGCUGCUGGAGAAUCGACCCAAAUUCAUGCUGGUCCACGCAUCAUCCGGUCACAAGUACUCGCUCAAAGAAAUCCUCUCGGACCCCACAGUAACAAACAGGCUGUCUGACACCAAGGCUGCUGGAGAAGUGAAAGCCCUGGAAGACUUCUACAAGAUGCUCCAGCAUGAGCCUGACAGAGCUUUUUAUGGGGUGGCUCAUGUGGAGAAGGCUGCAGACGCCCUCGCCGUCGACACUUUAAUGAUCAGCGAUAAGCUGUUCAGGCAUCAGGAAGUCCCUACCAGGGCUCGCUAUGUCCGCUUGGUAGACAAAGUAAGAGACAGUGGCGGCAAUGUCAGAAUAUUCUCCAGCCUUCACGUCUCGGGUGAACAACUGACUCAGCUGAGCGGUGUGGCAGCCAUCUUGCGCUUCCCUAUCGCCGACUUUUCAGAGGGAGAAGACGACAGCAGCUCAGAUGACGAUUGAUGAUAGAAAUAUUGCUGAUUAAAACAGACAUAAAUUCAAUAUUGACUCUUUGGGUAUUGCAGUAAUAUCAGGUGCAGUCUGCCCGAAGAAACAUUUUCAAAAUGACAAAGCUACACAAAUAGCGACAUAUUUGUUCCUCCCCAGCAAAAAUGUCCCCCCACAUUUCUGUUCAUAUUUAUCUUUACACAAACCAAGCAUUUCUAAUUAUUGAUUUGAAUUUAGACUGAUUUUCCCAUUCAAAGCAUGCAGCAAGAGUUCUUAGUUUUUUGCAUUGAAACCCAUGCUACUGAAAUGAUGCAAUGGAAAAAAUGUAUACAUAUAUGUAUACACACACACACACACACAUUACAUUCAUGGUUUAUGAGUUUGCUACAGUCAGUUGUUUAUAUAUCAAAUGCCUCUUAACUGCCUGAAUUAAUCAGUUUACAAUACAUCAAACUUAUCUUUAGGCCCGUUAUGAGAUUCUGUUAGUUUUAAAAUGACCUCUCAUGAUCGUGAAUAAUUAAAGUACCAAUGAUUGUCACACACACACUAGGUGUGGUGAAAUUUGUCCUCUGCAUUUGACCCAUCCCCUUGUUCACCCUGUGGGAGGUGAGGGGAGCAGUGGGCAGCAGCGGUGCCGCGCCCGGGAAUCAUUUUUGGUGAUUUAACCCCCAAUUCCAACCCUUGAUGCUGAGUGCCAUGCAGGGAGGUAAUGGGUCCCAUUUUUAUAGUCUUUGGUAUGACUCGGCCGGGGUUUGAACUCACAACCUACCGAUCUCAGGGCGGACACUCUAACCACUAGGCCACUGAGUAAUUAUUCAUCAACACUGUCCAAAACAUUGAGGCACUCGCACACACAAGCAACUUUGGAAAUUGGCGGACGUCUCAAAAAGUCUCUCGAAAUGCAAUUAAGUAUAUUUUAUAGACUCAAUGUUGAUAUGCUCAUGUGUAGCAUUUGAAACUAGUAAUUCACAAAAAAGUAACCAAACCAAAGCAGUACCACUCAUAGAUUUCAAAGUGGUGGAUAAGCCUAUAUUUAUUUUAUUUAACAGAGUAGAUAAUAUUGGACAUAUACAAAAUAUGUAACUGUUAGAUUUUAGCCAAAGGCUAAUUUCGGUGUUUUCUCUGGGCAGGUUGAUCAUGCAGCAACAGAGUACUAAACAAGUUAACUAAACAUGGUAACAUUUCAAACAAAACGACAAGGGAGGCUCAACUUGUUUCUCUUACACCAAAUGAAAUAGAAAACCAGAUAAAAUGUAUUUUUGUGCAUUACUGUUAGGAGUGAAAGUUUCACAAAUAAGAGUACUAGUUAUAAAGCAUAUUUGUUGGUUUGGAAAUUUCAAGUGCUUUCAAACAAUCAAACAUUAAUUGAAUUAAAAGCAAACAGUAUAAAUAACAUACUUAUUUAGCACAGCUAAAAAAGUGUUUUCAGCCUAGAUGUAAACAUUAAGCAUAUGAGAAGAUGGUGAAAUAGGGAGUCUCAUGACAUAAGUAUGGCUAAAUAACCUGAGUUUUUUUUCUUCCAAAAUUAUUUUAACAACCCCACUUCAUGUGAUCACAAACAAAACCACUUUGCGGAAAAGUAUUACAAUAAUGUGACUGUUGCAGGGAGUUGUAAAAUAAACAUACAGUACGUACAUUUCAUAAACAUGGAUUUGAUC